GAUUACAAAAAAAUAUGAAGAGUGAACAUCCAUAGAAUUAAAAAAAGGUUUAUAAUUGACGAAUGGAUCCACCGCCAACACGGUAUCGAGAUCCACGUACCAGCAACCCCUGAACAAAGCAGCAGGUAUAAUAGCUCUUUCGAACUUAACAGUCCGAUAACAGCCACAUUGACUAAGAUGGAUAAGAGGUCAGAAUCAGAGAGGAGAGGAGGUAACCUUGAAGACUUGAGGCCUGCAGAUCUCAACAGACCUGAAACUUCAGGGAGUCAAACACACAAGAACACCAACUCAACCGAUUGCAAAGAAUCCUAACAACCCUUUCGGGUUUAUGAAACCAAAUCACCACAAAAAGUCCAUAACUACCACCACCCGAAGUCUCUUAUAUGAAACACAGAAGCAAACAAUACGAACAAGCAAAAAUACGAUACGAACAAACAAAUAGUAACCAGAAGAACAAACCACCGCCGAACCAGCCAAAACAUAACAAGAGGUGACAGCGCUGCCACCCACCUCACCACCGCAGCGGUGCCACGAACACAGCCAGUAGUCCAACCAAACAAAAGAAAGCACAAAAACACAAUCCAACCUUUCCAACGCAGAGGAGACGAGCUGAAAAACCUUGAACCAGCCAGCCAAGGAAUCCACGCGACCCACCUACCCAAAGAACGGAACUAGAACAAACCGCAUCAACCAAAGAACCACAACACGCCGACGAAUCACCAGAUCAAACAGAAAGCUACAGCAAUCAGGAAAGAAACCAGCAAAAUGAUGGCGAGAAGGUGCCGGAAGAGCAGAACGAAAGGUCGCCGGAAAGGAGGAAGAAACGGAGGUGCGGAGGACGAUAGUCGCUCAUCACACCUCCAAUGGAAAAUUUUACAUCGCUAAAUCUUGGAUUUGGAUCAGUAGGUAAAGUGUAAGGCAGCUAAGGCUUUGUGUUCGCUAGCAGAGAGAGAGAGGUUUCCAAGCUCCCGUCAGAAUCAGUAAAUUUAAUUUCUUGAGAACUUUGUUAUCACUACUAGGAUAUAUGCAGGAAAGGAACACACGAGCUUAAGUAAGUAGGGGCUUUUGAAUAUAUAUGUUUAUAAGUUUUUGCCUCUAAAAUGGUAAAUGCAUUGAGCAAGCUAAUUUAUGUGUUUAUAAACCAUACAGCCAAUCCUCAAAUUGUUGUAAAACAUCGACAUAAAAUUAUCUUCAAAUAAUAAUCAACAUGUAAAAAUGAACAACAAUUAAAUAUUACAUUGCAUUGAUUCCUAAAGGUAAUGAGCAGAAAUCCAUGAAGGACUGGAGGCUGAUUGCCUUGUGCAAUGUAUUGUAUAAAUUAGUGGCAAAGGUACUUGCUCAUCGACUAAAAAAAAAUUCUGCAUAAAUGUAUCUCUGAAAAUCAGUCAGCCUUUGUUCAAGAGCGUUCUAUGCUUGACAACGCCAUGAUUGCUAUGGAAGUGGUACAUCAUAUGAAAGUUAGCAAGAGAGUAAGAGAUAAAAAUGUUGCACUUAAAUUAUACAUCAACAAGGCCUAUGAUAGAAUUGACUGGCUUUAUCUCAAGGAAGUGAUGCUUCAAAUGGGGUUUGAUAGUCAAUGGGUUCGAUGGAUUAUGAUGUGUGUUGAAACUCUUGACUAUUCUGUCAUUGUUAAUAAUGAGGUGGUGGGUCCGAUUAUACCAUGCAGGGGCUUGAGACAAGGUGACCCGUUGUCGCCCUAUUUAUUUAUCUUGUGUGCCGAAGGUUUGUCCGCUCUUAUCCGUAAAGCUGAACGUUGCAGAGAUCUCCAUGGAAUUUCUAUAUGUACUCAUGCACCUAUUAUUUCUCACCUCUUGUUUGCAGAUGACUGUUUUUUACAUUAGCCUUCCAAAAUCUGAAGUUUUCUUUAGCAGUGUUGUUCCAACGCCCUUGAAGAAAAUCAUUACAAACAUAUUAGGUGUAAGAGCGGUGAUGGGAACAAGUAAAUAUAUGGUAUUUCCAUCCAUGGUGGGUAGAAGUAAAGAAGCAACCUUCAGAUUUAUCAAGGACCGUAUUUAGCACAAAAUCAAUAGUUGGAGCCGCAAGUGUUUAUUCAAAGCUAGCAGAGAGGUCAUGAUUAAGUCAGUACUACAACCUAUCCCAUCUUAUAUUAUGAGUGUCCUUUUACUGCCAAAUAAAUUAGUUGAUGCAAUUGAAAAAAUGAUAAAUGCCUUUUGGUGGGGUAAUGAUGGUAAUAUGCGCAGAGAGUUACAUUGGAUGUCUUGGGAAAGAUUAUUUGUUCAUAAGAAUUUUGGAUGCAUGGGGUUUAAGGAUCUGACAUCUUUUAAUGUGGCUAUGUUAGGAAAACAAGGUUGGAGGUUCCAAACUGAUUCUUCUAGUCUUGUUUCUCCUUUAUUUAAGGCUGGAUAUUUUCCUAAUUCCGAUUUCAUUGGGUCUAAUAUUGGGCAUAAUUCAAGCUAUGUUUGGAAGAGUGUUUUUAGUGCCAAAAUUGUUGUAAAACAGGGUGCGCGUUGGUGGAUAGGUUCUGCUGAUAAUAUACCUUUUCUAGGCGCUCCUUGGCUAAAGGAUGAUAUGUCUUUAUCCACAACUAACCCAAUUUUUGAGCCUUUGAUGCAGGUGAAAUUUUGCGAUUUUAUUGACCAAGAAUCAUAGAUGUGGAAAGUGCCUCUCAUUCAUAAUUUAUUUGAUGCGCACACUGUGCGGUUAAUUCUUAAACACACCGUUUUAGCCACCUGUAACAGAAGAUAAAAUGAUUUCGAAAGGGGAAAAGAGUGGUAAGUAUUCAGUUAAAAGUGCAUAUAGAAUUUGUGUGAUUGAAAUUGCAGAUAACUCUCACAUGCAUGUUCAUGGUCGUUGGAAUCUCAUUUGGAAGUUAAAAGUGCCUCCUAAAAUCAAGAAUUUUCUUUGGCGUGUGCAUCGUGGUUGUUUUUCAACACGCGCUCGUCCUAAUGGUAGAGGAGUCUCUUGUCCACUUGAUUGUGUUCAGUGUAAUAACAACUAUGAAGAUAACAUCUAUAUUCUCAUUGAGUGCCCUAAAGUUGUUCGAGUAUGGCGGAAUGCGAAUUUAUGGGACACAAUUGACAGGGUGAUUCGUCAAGAUUAUAAUAUUCAUGCUCUCAUAUUCACUCUUUUGCAGAAUCUCUCUUCAGGGCAAGAUUUGAGAGAGAAAAAUCUUUUGCUUUUAGAAUGUGGUUGUGGUACUUGUGUAGUUUUAAUAUCAAAAUAUGAUCCACUGCUCAACAGAGUCGAAGAUUUUACAGCAAGCUCUUGUCUCACACUACUUUGUAGCAUAAAUGGAUGUUCAAUAACGACAAGUGAUGGCAUUGGAAAUAGCAAACAAGGAUUCCAUCCAAGUCAUGAAAGAUUUUCUGGAUUCCAUGCUUCUCAAUGUGGCUUUUGUACUCCUGGAAUGUGUGGCUUUCCCUCUUUGGUGCUCUUGUCAAUGCCGAAAAGAACAAUUCUCCAGAGCCACCAGCUGGUUUCUCAAAAAUCUCUGUUUUCAAGGCUGAAAAAUCUAUUGCAUGUAACCUUUGUCGAUGCACUGGUUACCGAUAGGUUGCUGAUGCCUGCAAAAGUUUUGCAGAGGAUGUUGACAUGGAGGAUCUCGGUUUGAACUCUUUCUGGAGAAAAGGAAGAAAGCAAGGACCCAAUAAUUGUGCAACUCAUGCUUCUUUGUGGCGGCAACGGUUACCUCUAUUGGUUUUGUUUGCUGAGUUUAGCUGAUCAAGUUUCUUUCAAUUUAAGCAUAAGAAUGUGUUUUGCAAACAUAAGAACAUGUGAUACAGCUGCACUGGAAGAAUGAGUAUAACCUUCUGAUGGGAAGUUUCAUGGUUAUUUGACCUACUCAUGUAAACCAUUCAAAUUCCAUUUGCAGACAAGUCAAAGUGUAAGGUUGAAAACCAUAGCUAGUAUAAAAACUACCAAAACAUCAAACCUGAAAAUCAAUGCUAAAGAAAGGGGAAGAAAGCAGAAGGUGGGAAGUGAUAUAGAAAGUAUAAGGCAGGGGAAAUGAUAAGUGAUGUGAUACCUAUAAGAAGUCAUUGUUCAGGAGGGUAGCAAAUUACAACAAUCAGGAACUUGUCAAUAAAA